AGCUGUUCGAGGAGGGGCAUAAAGGCCGUAUCCUAUCAGAUUUUGACAGUCUAGUACUACGGUUGUAUGUGAGGGUAGUGUACGUGCACGACGGCUUUUUUCUGUGUGUUUUAUAUGACUUUUGUGCCAAGUAGAGAAGUUUACCGGUAGUUUGGGGUGUUUGGAAUAGGGGCGUGCCAUAGGAAUUACAAAAGGUGGUGCUAAUUGCUGGGAUUAGAAUUUUCAUGCAAAUCGUGGCCAUGACAGCGUGACCCGGCACCUCAUACCAACCUAAAACAACAAAAAAUCCCCAGAUAUGUCUUCCGAAAAACGAUUGCGACUGCGAAUCGUUCUGGCAGCGUUGUGCUGCGCAGUGGUGGACUGCGCGAAAGAGGGCGACUUCGAUUUUGGAUUGGCGCAGGAUUUCGUCGUCAAUAUCGACGCUGGAGCUGCCACGGGCGCCGGUAUGUGGGGGAGUCGAGAGGCGACGGCCACCGUGGGGAAGGUUUUUCAUCUCGUGGUACCCCGAGAGGCUUUCGAUGAAAAUGUUAAUGGAUUUGAGGCAAAAAAAUUUGGAGGCAAGCCCCUGCCCUCCUGGCUACUUUUCGACAAAAAGAGCGCCACCUUCUGGGGAGUUCCUUUACAAGAGGACCACGGUCCCUUUCAAGUGAUGGUGAAAUCUUUACCCAAAGAACAAUCUUCAACAUAUCAACUAACAAUAGAUGUGAUAGAAAACAAUAUACAAGAAGAAAGUACGAAGAGAUGCGCCCAAAGUGAAGACAUCACGAUUUUGACUUUGUUAUUGGACAAAAAUGCUAGAAUUAUCAAGCCUAAGCAAAGGGUGGUGGCUAUCGAUAAUAUUGCAAGAUUUUUUGGAUUGCCAUUUAGUGCCUUCAGUUUAAAACCACAAACAACCCCAGACGACAUAACGGACAGCAGCGUAGUCCUGGCCGGUCCAGGGAACGUCCGCAUUAGAUCCUCGAAGUACACCUCCUUCCUUCAAGUGCCAGUAGGCUGUGAUGGACGCCUGUGGGACUCAACCACCCCCAUGGUGCAUCAGUUGAAGCAACAGGCUAGAGAUGGCACCAUCACAGAAGUGCUUAGGUUGCCUCUGAUUGGCUGGAGGGUGAAGACAGAAACUAGACCUGCUGUUAGAAGCAAAAGACAGACUCUGGAGGAUGGGAGCGGUGAUUAUGAGGAUUACUAUGACGAUUACGAGGAUGAUGAUUAUGAUGGUGAAGAUACAGAUAUCUCAUCAAGUAGUUCUGCUUCUAGUAGUAGUACGAGUACAAGUACUACAACGACUACUACUUCUACAACUACAACAACAGAAGUACCAGUAACUCAUCCCCAUAGGCAUCAUCACGGACAGAGCAUCAAACCAAUCGAUCCAAGCGUUCCAGUUAUCCAUGAACACCACAACCACGAAAAACCUCGCCACUUCACCGAAGAACGCAUCCCCAUAACAAUCCCACCUACGUCAACCACCACAACAACAACCACAGAACCCCCUCAAGAACUGACAACAUCGAAUAACUUGGAAAUCCCGAAACCUAGCGGUGGCCCGGCCGACUACGACUACGAAUAUUACGAUAAAGAUGACGACGAAGGCGGCGACGACGACGGACCGGAAGAGAGCCAGACAGUGGUGCCAAGUUUCAGCAGUAAAACUAAGCAGAAGCCUUUUGAAGAGAUUGAUAAUGCGAACAACUGGGACUUGUUAACAGAGCCCUUUACUACCGUUAAAACGACCGUUAAGGAUAUUACUAUACCGGAAGAUGUUCCGGUUACUAGAAUUUUGGAAACUACGGUGCCGGAAGAACAGACUACGCAAGCUGUUGUGGAAGAUUUUGCACCUCCAAUAGAAACGGUCCCUCCAACAACAACAACAACAACAACAACAACUGAAGCUGCAACAACACCGCAAUUAACAACAAUUUCUACUACCACCACAACAACAACAACUCCCAUCCCAAUAACAAUCCCACCAACAAUAACAACAACCAAACAAGAAACAACAACAACCCAAACAGAACCUCCAACAACAACAACCACCAGCACCACCAGCACAACAACAACCACAGAAUCCCCAACCACAACCCAUCAACAAACAACAACCAAACAAGUAACAGAGUCUCCGAAAUCCACGACGACAAUCCGGGAAGUGACGGAAACAAUCGAGAUUGAGGAGAAAAAUUUCAAGCCUUACAUUGAAAACAGGCUGCAACAAAUGUCAGUGUUUGCCGGAAAAAUAUUCAGAUAUGUUGUUCCGGUCAACACGUUCAAAGAUUUUGAGGAUGAGUACAAUUUGAGUUUGGAGUUUUUUGAUUCCAAUGAGCAGCCUGUUGGAAGGGGGUCUUGGUGUCAGUUUAAUAGAGCCAGAAGGGAAAUAUAUGGACUGCCUUUGGAAAAAGAUGUCUCCAAAUGGACGUACUACGUGCGCGCCACUGACAGUGAGGGUUCCUACGUGCAGGACACUCUCACAAUUCAAGUGCAACAACACAAGAUGGCGCGCGUAAUCAAUCACGAGUAUACUCUUCAAAUACGCAUCGAAAAACCACAAGAAUUUCCGCACUACAUCGACUGGUCUUUGAAAACUUUACGAGCCCUGGGAAAAAUCUACAACAGCAACAUGUCAGAAAUUACAGUCAAACAAAUAGUUUCCAAUGAAGAACCUGUCGUUUUUAGCUGGUGGAAUGACACGAUACCUACGAAUUACUGCCCUAGAGUUGAUAUAACAAACGUUUAUAAGACUUUAACUGCAAACGAUAGAGGAGACCCUUCGCGAGAACUGAGCAUGGCUUUAUCGCCAGAAUUGAGGGUUAAAAAGGCGUCCUACAACUUUAUCGGGGUGUGCGAGCAACCUGUUAACCCUGCCACGCCACGUGACAACUUUUCGCCAAUCCUGCGGAACCCUGUCGAUCACGUAAACGCCACCAUCGGCGAGUUGCUUAUCUACAAAGUCAGAGACGACACUUUCUAUGACCCAGAAGACGUGGACCCAAGAACUUUAAACAUUUCUCUACUAACAGCUACUAGACAAGCUAUUUCUGCGAACAGCUGGCUUCAGUUCGACAAUAAGAACCGAGAAUUCUUCGGAAUUCCUCGUAAAUCCGGUCGAACUGAGUACCAGUUGGUGUGUGAAGAUAGCGGCGGGUUAUCCGUCACCGAUAGCCUUGAAGUUGUCGUUUAUUCAGCACCGAAAGUUCAUUAUAACGUUGAGUUUAGCAUGGCAUUGGAAACUAGGUUUGAAAGUUUUGCUAACAGCGCCAGUAAGCAAAAGAAGUUUGUAGAGAAGUUAAUGGAAAUUUUCCACGAGCCAAACAGCAGCAACAUCCACUUUGCGCCGUUCAAACAAAACGCGGAUUCCACCAUAGUGACGUGGUUUAACAAAUCACUAUCGCGCGAAAAAUGCCCCACAUCGGAAAUAAACCGUUUAGAAUCCCUUAUGAUCAAUAAACACGAUAUGGAAUCGCACGGCAUAUCGCAUAGACUACUUAAUAUAAUGGGGGAAGAGUUUAUAGUUUCUACAAUUAAGAUUAAUAUGAUGGGCAAUUGUAAUGUUAAGCUCCCAAGUCCUCCCGAAGUGAUACCCAUUGAUGAAACCACGCCGCAAAGUACCACGGACGAAUAUUUAAUAACCUUCAUCAUUCCCAUCGUGAUUAUUUCGGUAAUGCUGUUCGUAGCCGCGGUGGCAGCCUGCGUUCUAUACCGAAGACGCCGAAUGGGAAAAAUGAACGUGGAAGAGGACGGCAGAGCGAAUUACGGCAACAAGGGAAUUCCGGUGAUCUUCCAGGAGGAACUGGAAGAAAAACCCGAACCCGGCACCAAAGCUCCGGUCAUUCUGAAAGACGAAAAACCGCCUUUAGCUCCACCGGAGUACAGUAAAAGCGGUUCCGUAAAACUUAACGACGAUUCGGAACCCUACCAACCCCCGCCCCCCUUUACGCGCACCCAAGAUAACGGCAGGCAGUCGAGACCCAAACCCACCCCCACCUACAGAAAACCCCCGCCCUACGUUCCCCCUUAACAAUUACACUUCACGUUUUUUCAACAAUAAUGACCGCCAAACUGCCAUUCGUUUAAGCUCCAUUUGACCUUUAAAAUGUCAUUUUUUGAAACGUCAGAUGACAAGGCAAUAUGGCGGCCAAGUUCUUCUCUAAUAAUCCAAGCAAUAAUAGCAAUAAUACAACAACAAAAAAUUAGAAGUUAAACUGCUUUGGUUGAAGAAAGGUAUUAAUUAAUUAAUAUCUUUUUGGAAAUUGUAAAUUUUGAAAAGUAUAAACAUGUUGGGAAUUUGAAACAUUUUGGGAAUUUGAAACAUUUUGGGAAUUUUGAAAAUUUCUGAAAUUUUAAUAUAUUGGAAAUUUGUUGAAUUUAAAAUUUUGUAAAUUUUAAAAUUUUUGAAAUACUUAUUUAAGAAUUUUUGAAUUAGGUAUAUUAAUUUUUGGAAAACUUGGAAAAUUUAAAAAAAAUUGGCGAUUUUCAAAAUUUAAAAAACCAAAGUUGCCUGGAUUAUUACGCCGUUGCCAAAUAUCAUCACCUACAUCACAAAACUUAAUCAAAUGUACUUAAGUACUGCAACGAUAAUUAUUAAUAAUUGUCAUUAUUGACUUAUAUCAAAACUAAAAAUGUAUUUGAAGUUCUCUGUGAUAUUUCCACAAGCAUUGAUGUGGCCAAUAGGAACUUAGCGGAGCAACCAUCUUUAUUUAAAAAACACAGCUGUUAAUCCUUUGGCUCAUGGAGCCUACACAAGGAGCCGGAAUUAAAAAGGGGAAAUUGAGAAAACCUGCCCUCUAAAUUGCACAAAUUCAGGGCCGCUCCUGGCGAGCGUGCAGUGCGUGCACGCACGCAGGCGCAACAUUUUGGGAGCGCAAAAUCAAAGAGUCAAUCAGUACUCGAUAAAGUUUCUUGCGGAUAAACAAAUACUUAAACAUACAUAGGAUAAAUGUUACCGCAUGCGUCGGCCGCUCUUUUUUUCAGUUUAUUUUUUUUUAUAUAAGAAUCAAAAUAAAAGGAAAAAAAUUGUCAUAAUAAUUUUUUUGAUAGUUGCAGAACUUUGACGGUAGCAAGCAGUAACGAGCUUACUCUCUAAAAAUGAAUUAGUCAAAAAUGACCAAUUACGAUAGCAGCUACUAAUAAUUAUCGUCAACAGAAACUUAUAUCCCGGACAAUUAGCAGUCAACUCCUAUGUAAAAUUGUCCACUGAAUCCGAAAAUGUAGUCAAAAGUUGUAAAAGUAGAAUCGUUGAGUGAUUAUCAAUUGUAGAACAGUUUUUGAGAUAUAGUCAAUUUAUAUCUCAAAAACUGCUCUACUUUCAUAAUUUUUGACUGCCUUUUCGGAUUAAAGGGAACAGUUUUAGAUAAUAUAAAGCUGUUAAAUGUCCGGGAUACAAAUUCCUGUGGACUACAGUUAUUAGUGAGUGCUUUUUCACUUUGAAAACUAGUCAUUUUUGACUAAUUCAUUUUUAGAGAGUACCUACCUUACUAAAAACCAGUUGUAUUUUUUGUGAUUUUGUUUGUUUGGCAAUUUAAUAAAUAUAUUUUAUGCUUAAUUUCAGAAGUUUUUUUACAUUUUCAAUUACAUAUUGCCAGUUUGUCGCAAAAUAUAUAUUAAAUAUAUAUUUAAUAUUUAAUUUAUAUUUAAAUAUAAAAGGGACGCACCAAAGAAUUCUGCAAGUAGCCGCCAGACACCCCAGGCCCGUUGCCUGCACAAAUUAAGUCUUUUUUUUACCACCAGCGGCGCUGAUUGUCGAUGCGUACUGACGUCUGCUCUUUUGGUAGCGUUUUGGUACAAAUUAGUCAAUUGUUUAAGAACAAACGGAACACCAGUGCCCUCUUAUCUGGGGAAGAUUUUAGUUUACAUGAAGUUCGGACUCCUUGUGUAGGCUCCAUGCUUUGGCUGCUAAAACUUUGAUCUUAAAUGUCAUUUAAGAUAAUCUUGGGUUAGGGUUUUUUGCGGAUAUCUUCAAAACUGUUGUAGAUGGAAAGUUCAAGUUUGGUAUGUAGUUUAAACUAUAUUAAUUAAUAUAGGUGAGCUUUACGACGUGUAUAAAUUUUCAAACUAUGAUACGACAAAAAAAAAUUCCACUUUUUUACGUAUUUUUUUUAAAUGUGUCUUCCAAUAUGUCCUUACAGACAUAUUUUUAUUGUUGAAUUGAACAUAUCCAAAAGUUUUUCCUAUAAUUUCGAUGGAUGUUUCGAAUGUAAGUCAGUUUUUAGUCAUCUUCGAACCAAAAAUACUUUUAAGCUAUAGAGAAACAUCACCUGGAUAACAACGGACAAUUUUAACAAAAUAAUGGAACAAUUUUAUAAACUUUUUGAUCUGAAUUAUAUUUUAACUACAUAUCGUCUAAACUGGGCGAAUUUUAGUAUCUAAGGGUCUACUUAUGCAGAAUGUUGUACAGUCAGAGAAAAUAGUUAUUCACUUUUUAAUUUUAACCCCUUAUAAGGGGUUCUAUAAAACGGUAGUUUUUGGUAAUUUAAAUUUAGACAGUACCUAAUAUUUAUGUUUGGGUAAUUUUAGAACCUUCUUAUACAGUUUGGGUUAUUUUAGAUACCUUUAAGACUUUUUGGCCAUUUUAGACAGUAUUAUUUGUAGUUUUGACUUAUUUUAAAAAACUAUAAUUUUGUUUUAUUUUAGACAGUUUUAGGACAUUUUUAGACAGUCAAGUUAAAAUUAAAUUGUAUUAUAAACUUUUUUAAUUUUCCAUUUUAAAGUACUUACAGAUCAGCAAAAAUUUGUAAAGUGCAUUACCGUUGAGUCAACGGCAUUACUAUUUUCUCUGACUUCUCUGUAUUCAUAAAUGUAUGAUGAUUAGUAUGCAGAAUAUAUGAAAAACGUUAAAAUGUAGACUAGAAAUAAAUAAGGCUGUUUUAGAUUUGCUUUUUUAAACGUUUAAUUUAUGAACAUGGUGAAAAAGAAGCUUCACGCACAUUUCAUUCUUCCAAUUGUAUAUUAUUAAUUUUUAUAUGGAUUUUUUCACGCAUGUUUAUAAAUUAAACACUGUUUAUGCACAAUUAUGUAUAAACGUUUGAUUUUAUUUUAUUUUAAGUUACCAAUAUUAAUCUUUCUUUUUCGUCCUACCAAACUUUUUUGGUAAAAUUAUCACACAUUAAAUUAUAAUGUAUACCUACAUUUUAAGACUACUCGUAAAUUUAUAUAUUAAUAAAUAUUAUUUUUAAUGGUUUAUAUGUAUCAUAUCACCGUAUCUCAUCCAUACUAUGUAUCUCAUAUCAUACUUUUGUAUUAACCAGUCAUUAAUUGUUCAAUAAAUUAAUUACAAAUUAAUAUUUA